AUGGCCUGGACGUCGUCACCCUUCGUCGUGGCCCGGCUAUGGUCGGUUCUGCUUCUCCUUGUCCUGUCGCGGCCCCUGGGCACCGUCGCCGAUAAAUGUGCCGCCGACUACUUUGUUCGCGACCUUCCUGGUGUUCCCAAAGACUCGCCUCCGAUCAAGAUGCAUGCUGGUCACAUCGAGGUGACGCCCGAGCACCAUGGGAACAUGUUCUUUUGGCACUUUCAAAACAAGCACAUCGCGAAUCGCCAACGGACCGUCAUUUGGGUCAAUGGCGGCCCGGGUUGCAGCUCCGAGGAUGGAGCUUUGAUGGAAGUUGGCCCCUACAGGGUCAAGGACGAACAGAAUCUCGUCUUGAAUAACGGCUCGUGGAACGAGUUUGCCAACCUUCUCUUCGUCGACAACCCGGUAGGGACAGGCUUUAGCUUCGUCGACACGGACAGCUUUGUCCACGAGCUUGACACCAUGGCCGAGCAAUUUGUCCAGUUCUUGGACAAGUUCUUUGCCCUGUUCCCCGAAUACGAUCGAGAUCAUAUCUACAUCGCAGGCGAGUCCUUCGCUGGACAAUACAUUCCCUACAUUGCCAAGAGCAUCGUGGACCGCAACAAGAAGAACCCGGGAAACGAAUGGAACUUGAAGGGUCUCCUGAUUGGAAACGGCUGGGUGUCUCCCAAAGCGCAAUACCAGGCCUACCUCAAGUUUGCCCUGCAAAAGGGCCUCGUCGACAAAGACUCGGAAAUUGCCAACCAGCUGCUGGCCAAGCAGCGCAUCUGCGACAAGAUGCUGUCCACGAACCCGGGCCAUGUCAACUACAACGAGUGCGAAGAUGUCUUGUCGACCCUGCUCAGGAUUGCCAGCACCGGCUCCGGCGACAACGCGUGCUACAACAUGUACGACGGCCUGACUCCCUACUUGAGGAGGCCGGCCGUCAUUCGUGCGCUGCACGUCAGCGACCAACGAAACACGGGUUGGCAAGAGUGUAGUGGCGCUGUCGGGUCUGCUUUCCGGUCGAAGAACUCCAAGCCCGCAGAUCAGCUGCUCCCGGACCUGAUCAAACAAGUGCCAGUGCUUUUCUUUUCCGGAGCCGAGGACCUUAUCUGCAACCACAUGGGAACCGAACUCAUGAUCGACAAUCUGGAGUGGAGCGGCGGCAAGGGCUUCGAGGUCACGCCCGGUAAUUGGGCCCCUCGCCGAACCUGGACCUUUGAAGGCGAGGUUGCCGGCUUUUGGCAAGAGGCCCGCAACUUGACAUACGUACUUUAUCACAACGCCUCUCACAUGGUCCCGUUUGACUUUCCUCGGCGUUCCCGCGACAUGCUUGACCGGUUCAUGGGUGUCGAUAUCAGCAGUAUUGGGGGCGAGCCGACCGACAGCCGCAUCGACGGCGAGAAGGGGCCCGAGACGACGGUUGGCGGUGUUUCCAAUCACACCCAGAGCGUGGAGGAGACGCGGAAGAAGGUUGAGGAAGCCAAGUGGGCUGCGUAUAGGAAAUCGGGCGAAACGGUUCUCGUAAUCGUCGCCAUGGCUGCAGCGGCGUGGGGAUACUUCAUCUGGCGUCAACGUCGCAAGGGCGCCAUCUAUCGUGCCUUGCGCGGCGAAGAUCACGCUGGUCAAGGUAACCCUCGCACGGCUGCUUUCCGCGGAGGACAGAGCUCCGACGACCUCGAAGCCACUGCUUUCGACGAGACAAGUUUGGAUGACCUUGGUGUAGAGAGCUCCGCAGUGCCAGGGGAGAGCAGGUACAGUAUAGGCGACGACAGUGAUGGAGAAGAGAUGGAAAACUUGAAGCCGCGGAAUGGGGUGACGAAAGGAGACGCCGGCGACAACACGUCAUAG